CACUGUCAAUGAGCCAGCGGCCACACUUGCCAUGGUCAAUGAGCCAGCGCUCCCGGCCACAGAGGUCGCUCCCCAGUCGCUGCCAGCAUUCCCUGAGGCCAUUGAAGAGCCUGACCAGUUCCCUGAGGCUGUCGACGAGCCUGUCCAGUGAGCCGCCUGUUCAGCAGCCACCCACUUCCAUGAUGACCCCUGUCUAGCGGCUCCGUCCCUCCAAGUCUUCCAUGGCUCCGGGUCUUCCAUGGCUCUGCCCCUUGAAUCCUCAGCUUCCCUGUUCUCUGAGUCCCCAGCAGCUGACCUCUGAGUCCUUGCCCCCUGUGCUUCCACCUCCUGCGGCUCUGCCCCUUGAGCAAAUCCAGUAUCCUGGGCAGACGCGAGAAUUCGACAGUCGAUUUACCAAGACGGGUCGCCGCUCUCUGUCCCACUCCAUUUCUCAUUCUUCUGACAGCAACAGCUCAGGGGAUUCAGAUGCAGAAACUGGGGAUGAUGAGGUCUCUCCCAGAUACAGGGAGCAGAUUAACUCUAAAGGAAACAGAGAUUUCUGCAUCAAAAACAUCAAGCUAGCCGAUUUUGGCCAUCGAGAGAUAGAGCUUGCAGAGGAAGAAAUGACUGCAUUGAUGGCCUUAAGAAAAGCAGCCCAGGGAGAAAAGCCACUUGCAGGGGCUAAAAUAGUUUGCUGUACCCACGUCACUGCCCAGACAGCUGUGCUUUUCAAGACCCUGACAGUAUUAGGGGCUCAGUGCAGGUGGGCAGCCUGCAAUAUUUACUCCACCCAGAAUGAAGUGGCAGCUGCUUUGGCAGAGCAAGAUUUCCCAGUGUUUGCAUGGCAAGGGGAAUCUGAAGAUGACUUCUGGUGGUGUAUUGAUCGCUGUGUAAAUCUUGAGGGCUGGGAGCCAAACAUGAUCCUUGAUGAUGGUGGAGAUAUGACACAUUGGAUAUACAAGAAAUACCCUCACCUCUUCAAGAAAGUCAAGGGUGUUGUUGAAGAGAGUAUUACUGGCAUUCACAGGCUUCAUCACCUGUCUAAAGUGGGAAAACUCUGUGUGCCAGCCAUAAAUGUCAAUGACUCUGUUACAAAACAGAAGUUUGACAACCUCUACUGCUGCAGGGAGUCCAUUCUGGAUAGUCUUAAAAAGACCACUGACAUAAUGUUUGGGGGAAAACAGGUUGCUGUAUGUGGAUACGGAGAGGUUGGAAAAGGUUGCUGUGCAGCUUUGAAAGCACUGGGUUCUGUUGUGUAUGUAACAGAGAUUGAUCCUAUCUGUGCUCUUCAGGCAUGCAUGGAAGGCUUUCGAUUGACCAGACUAGGGGAUGUCAUAAAACAAGUGGACAUUGUUAUCACCUGCACAGGUAACAAAAAUGUUAUUGUGAGGGAACACAUGGAUCAAAUGAAGAAUGGGUGCCUUGUCUGCAACAUGGGACGAUCCAAUACAGAAAUCGAUGUGGUAAGCCUGAGAACGCCAGAAUUGGCAUGGCAGCAUGUGAGACCACAAGUGGAUCACAUUAUAUGGCCUGAUGGCAAGAGAAUAGUGCUCAUAGCAGAGGGUCGUGUUCUUAAUCUGAGCUGUUCCACUGUACCCAUAUACGUGCUUUCCAUCACAGCCACCACACAGGCUUUGGCAUUGAUUGAGCUCUUCAAUGCUCCUGAGGGCCGUUACAAACAAGAUGUCUACCUCCUUCCCAAGAAACUAGAUGAGUAUGUUGCAUACCUGCACCUUCAGACCUUUGAUGCACACCUGACUGAGCUCACUAAUGAUCAAGCAAAAUACCUGGGUUUGAGCAAAUACGGCCCCUUCAAGCCGAGUUACUACAGGUAUUAAAAUAGGUAGAGAUCAUAAAGAAACCACAACAUUACUCAGUCACAUUUAUCAAAAAGAUGGAUCUAAACUAAGGGAACUUCCUAGACCUGGCUGGUUUAGGACUUGAUCACCUUGCUUUUCUACUGCAUGUGAUAUUACAAGCUUGUCCAUUAGGGUUUAGAGUGCACAAAUCUAAAGUGGACUAUAGCAUCAAAUGUAUUGGCAUUUUUCUAUUGCUGCUCGCUAUUUUGACAUUUUCCUUUCUAACGCACACAUCAUAUAUUUUUGCCUGCCCAGUCUAAUGAUAAUUUGAAGAGGAAGAAUAAUGCAACAAGUGAAUAGAUAAUAUAUUGUACUGUAUGGAAUUUACCUCCGGGCAUGGUUCUCUAAUAAAGAAAGCCAGAAAAUCCAAUGCAUUCUGCCACUGUUUGUUUAUUCAAGUUCUUUGAAAUAGGCAAAGACAAAAAAAACAAACAAACCUGAAUACAUUGCUUGACCUAAAAAGGGUUAUAUUUUUUAUAGUUUUAAUCUUGAAGCUGUUAGAGAUACAUUGCAUUUGUGAAAACUGGAGACACAAAUGGUGUUCCUUGUUCCAUCACUCUGAAUCUGACAUUGCCUGAAGUCCCCAUGGAGGAAGUCAUCUCCUUUAAUAAACAUUUUGAGAUA